AUGUCAUUUCAAUUAUCGGCUAUUAAUGAUGAAGAAUUAGUUCAUGAUGCUGUUCGUUACGGUCAUAUUAUUUCACUCGAAGUCUAUUUGAAUCAAAAUCCAAAAUGUAUCAACAAACUCUACACAUAUGGUAAAUCACAAUGGACACCAUUAAUUGCAGCAUGUUUUUACCAACAUGAACAUGUUGUACGUAUGUUACUUACUAAUUAUAAGUCUAAUAUUGAAGCUUUGGGUACAAUUACUCUUAAUUCAAUAGAUAAUCGUUUAGAUUUAGCUGAAGAAGUAUCAGCUCUUUGGACAGCUGGUGCAGUCAAUAAUUUUGAUAUUGUUAAAUUACUAAUUGAAAAUGGUAAUGCUAAUAUUAAUCAUUUAAUAAAAACUCAUAGUACAACUCUUCGUGCUGCAUGUUAUCAUAAUAAUCUUAAAAUGGUUAAAUAUUUAAUUGAACAUGGUGCUAAUCCAUAUCAAUCAAAAAAAGGCAAUUAUACUAAUCUUAUGUUAAGUGCAGGUCGUCAAUAUCCUGCAAUAGUUAAUUAUUUAGUGAAUGAACUCAAAUGUAAUAUAAAUGAACGAGAUGAAAAUGGUCAAACAGCUCUUUAUUAUGCAGUUAGAUCUGGAUCACUUGAAAUAACAAAAUUUUUACUUGAAAAUGGAGCAUUUAAUAUUCGUGAUAAUAAAAGAAAAGUCACUCCACUUAUGCGAGCUGCUCUUUUUGGAGAAAUUAAUUUAGUUGAUACUUUCAAAGAUUAUUGUACAGAUAUUGAAUGGAUUGAAGCAAAAGAAUUACUUGCAACAAGCUUUUCUGGAUGUAUAUCUCGUAUUGAAAAUCUAAGUAAAACUCUUGAAUAUUUAAUUGAAGCAUUUGAAUUACGAUUAGAGAAAAAUUUAUCUAAACAAAUAAUUACAGAACCUUUGGAAAUAUUACAUUAUCGUCAUGAAUGUAAAACUCAAGAAGAAUUAAAUCAACUUCUUUGUUCUAAUAUAAAAGAUGCUUUGCGUAUUGAAGCAAUACUUGUUCAUCAACGUAUUCUUGGUAAUGAUCAAAGUGAUUAUCAUGAUGUUAUUUAUCACUAUGGAACUAAUUUAGCUCAUAAUCAUCAAUAUCAUGAAUGUUUUCGUUGGUGGUUUUAUACAUUUGAUCUAAAACAAAAAUAUAAUAUUAUUAUUGAAACUGAUCAUUUAAGUCAUUUUAUUUCUGUAUUUGCAAAAAUGAAAUUUCAUAAUCAUAUAACCAUACCUAUCGAUGAUUUACUUCAAAUGUUUAAAAUUAUGAAUUAUGUACUUAGAUCAGAUUAUUAUAGAGAAAGUUUUGAUAUUAAUUUGGUUAUUUUACUUCAUUUAAUUACAAUUGUAGCACGAAUAAUUCAUAGUGAAUAUUUAAAUGAAAAACAAGAGUUAUCUAUUGAUUAUUGUCGAGAUUUAUAUAAAUCUAUUGCAUCUAUUAUUCGAUAUCAAUAUAGAACAAUGGAAACUGGUUCAUCACUUCUUCAUUUAUGUACAAGUUCUUCAACAGAAAGUACUCCAUUUUCUAUUGAUUAUCCAUGUUGGAUGACAACUCGUCUACUUAUUGAUUGUAGUGCUGAUGUAAAUGAUUUGGAUUUAAAUCGAAAUACUCCAUUACAUAAACUUGUUCAAAAUAUUUCAUCAUCAAAUGUUUUACAAAUAAUUGAUAUUUUGUGUAAUGCUGGAGCUCAUUUAGAUUAUGUUAAUAUACAAGGACAAACUCCACUUCAAUCAGUGGUUUCAUUUCGUUUCAAAAUAAUUGAACGAUUGAAGAAAAAAAUUGAUGUUAUUCGUUUAAAAUGUUGCUGUGCACGAUUAAUUCGACAAUACAAAUUUUCAUAUGAAAAUAUGUUUUCUACUUCUUUGGUCGAUUUUGUUCGAAAACAUUAG